ACCAUGUAAGCUACUGUUGAAAUUCCUACGCUAACCAACUUUAGCCAGUUUGCUAACCUGCAAUUAAGCGAGUGUGGUUAAACUGCAUCCGUGGUGUCAUAAUGGACUUGAAUUGACCGGAGGAAUGCUGGAAUACCUCAACUGGUGUUCUACCGUGUGUGUCGCCGUAGCUACAACCAGAGCAUGUCCAGUUAGCUAGAACGCGGCGAUUGGUGGAUAAGGAACCUGGCAAGCUAGCCAGUCUUCCCGGGGUUUGGGACGGGCUCGAGUGGCUUUUUGAACAGCUUUCCUCGCCCGGGGGACAACCGAAGCGGAUGCUGUGAUUACGAUGAGUCCCGCCGGCUGUCCCCAUGUCAACUGCUUCAAAGUGGACAACUGGAAGCAGAACUUGAGGGUUAUUUAUCAGUGUUUCGUAUGGAGUGGUUCAGCCGAGACCAGGAAACGCAAGGCCAAGUCCUGCAUCUGCCACAUGUGCGGCGCACACCUCAGCAGACUUCACUCCUGUCUUUACUGUGUCUUCUUCGCCUGCUUUGCCAAAAAACACAUCCACGAGCAUGCCAAGAGCAAAAGGCAUAAUCUAGCUAUUGACUUGCUGUAUGGGGGAAUUUACUGCUUUAUGUGCCAAGACUACAUAUACGACAAAGACAUGGAACAGAUCGCCAAAGAGGAACAAAGAAAAGCCUGGAAAAUGCAAGGCAUAGGUGAGAAGUACUCCACAUGGGAGCCCACCAAGAGGGAGCUGGAGCUUCUUCGCCACAACCCCAAGAGGAGGAGAAUCACGUCCAACUGUACAAUUGGCCUGCGCGGUCUUAUCAACCUUGGAAACACCUGCUUCAUGAACUGCAUCGUCCAGGCGCUCACGCACACCCCGUUGUUGCGUGACUUCUUCCUGUCUGACCGACACAAAUGUGAAAUGCAGAGCAACUCCUGCUUAGUGUGUGAGAUGUCGCAACUCUUCCAGGAGUUUUACUCAGGCCAUCGUUCACCACACAUCCCGUUCCGUCUCCUCCACCUUGUUUGGACACACGCUCGUCACCUCGCUGGCUACGAGCAGCAAGACGCACACGAGUUCCUCAUUGCCGCGCUGGAUGUCCUACACAGACACUGCAAAGAUGACAAUGGGAAAAAAGCCAACAACCCAAACCAUUGCAACUGCAUUAUUGACCAAAUCUUCACAGGGGGCCUGCAAUCUGAUGUCACCUGUCAAGUGUGCCAUGGUGUCUCAACAACCAUCGACCCGUUCUGGGACAUCAGCCUGGACCUGCCAGGUUCCUCCACCCCCUUUUGGCCAUUAAGUCCCGGAGGAGAUGGAUCUACACUAAACGGAGAGAGUCACACCAAUGGAGCCACGACACUGACUGACUGUCUACGAAGGUUCACCAGACCAGAGCACCUCGGCAGCAGUGCGAAGAUCAAGUGCAGCGGUUGCCAUAGUUACCAAGAGUCGACCAAGCAACUGACCAUGAAAAAGUUGCCCAUUGUGGCCUGCUUUCACCUCAAAAGGUUUGAACACUCAGCCAAACUACGGAGAAAGAUCACAACAUAUGUCUCUUUUCCUCUGGAGCUUGACAUGACUCCUUUCAUGGCUUCAAGUAAGGAGAGCAGGAUGAACGGCCAGUACCAGCAGACUGUGGAGCCCUUCAAUAAUGACAACAAAUACAGCCUGUUUGCAGUAGUCAACCACCAGGGGACACUAGAGAGCGGCCAUUACACGACCUUCAUUAGGCAGCAUAAAGACCACUGGUUCAAAUGUGACGACGCCAUCAUCACCAAGGCCAGCAUCGAGGCAGUGCUCGACAGCGAAGGGUACCUUUUAUUUUACCAUAAACAGUUCCUGGAGUACGAAUGAUGCGCCUGAAACUCAUCCCAAUACAUAUGAGCCCUGAAGCACUAUUGCAAGCUGGAAGUCAAGACACACCGAAGGGCGCACUCCUUGUAAAUCCUCCAAACCAGUUUGGAUUGUCAGCAGCUUAUCAUGAUCAUUUUUGCCCCGACAGAAGGUUUUAACCCCAAUGCACGUUGAGGACGGUUUACGCCACGCACGCAAACAUCCACACUGGGACAAGCUGCUUCUCUCUAGAAUCAAGGCUCAUUUGUUUCAGUUUUUUUAAAGGCCAAUACAAUGACAAGCACAUCAUAUACAGGUACACACUUUCUCAAAUGACCAAAUAUUGCAUUAUGCAUUUUUCGCUGCACUGAGAAAAAAAAAUUCCUCACAAAAUGUAUGAUAAGCAUUUUAAGAAAGGUUGUUAAUGUCUGUCACUACUUGUGAGUUUGCCGUCCUGUUAACAACAGGGGAAGCUUUGACGACGCUUUAACCGAGUGUGUCAGGUGUUUCCGCGUUUAUUGCUGCUUCCAACUGUCGCAGGGGCGGACGUUGCUCAGUAAAUAUUAUAUUUUUAUAAAUACUGUAAUUGUAAAGUUGGUUUACAGUUUUGCAUUCACUCUCACGUUGUCCGUCUGUGUUGCAUUGUGCUGUGUUGUUUUUCCAUACGCAAAAGAGCUAACUAACUACACCCACUCUGGAAAAUGCUGCUAUGGCGGCUUUAUGUUUUAUUAGUAAAACUGUGUUUUUUGGUUUUUUUUUAAUAUACUGGUUCUGAGAAGUUUAUAGUCAUAUAUUCUUCAUGUUCACAGUAUGUGGUUGUAAUGUUGGUUCAGGUCAGUGCAAAAAAGAAAGUAUGGGAAGUGUUGUCAUCCUCAGAAUAGUGUGAAAAGGGUCCUACAGUGUUAAUCUACGGCCGCAUGCUGCUUGAUUUUAGUGUGUGUUUGUAUGUGCACAAGAGACAGGGUGAGAUAAAUGCUCCUCGUCGGUGUGGUUGUAAAAGAGAAAAAAAAAGUGUUAUUGCGUAUAUUAAAAAAAGUGUGUUUGUGUUCAAGUUUGUAUGCACGUGUGGUGCGCGUGCGUAUGUGGUGUUUGUGUACUGAAUCAGUACUUGCGUUCAGCAUGCUGCCCAAGCUGACUAUUCAAUUUAUUUGUUAGUUUUUUUUCACAUGUUGACGAUGUAA